GGCGUAGCCAGAGCAGUGCUGGAGAGCUUGCCCUUGUGGUGUAGAUAAGGGAGAGCUUGCCCUUGUGGUGUGGAUGAGGGAGAUCCAGUGGGCUGACUAACUCAGCUCCCACCCAGGCCCAGAUUCAGGGCUUUGAGUUGGCCCAUCUCUAAAUCUACAUCAUCUGUGAACUGUUGGGUAUGUGAAAGGGCAAGUCCUGCUGUUCCAAAGCUGCAGGAUCUCCAUGACACAGGGCAACCAACAGGAUAACAAGGAGUAGUUCCGGUGAGGAUCCAGUAUUGAUGGUGUCACAGAAACCAGAGACCUUGAGCCAGACCAGUGACUCACUGCAAUGAACAUUUGCAAGUGACGAUGUGUGGGCAGAGGGACACACUGUGGGACACUGGGACAUACUGUGUCACACUGCAGCGUCCACGAAGCCCAGAGGGAAGGAAUACAGGAGCCGAAUGCCAGUGUUCACCUCUGGAUUUGAUCUGAGAGGAAAUCCAGAGGCCCCCCCCUCUGGGAUUGCAUCUCUGGCAGAAAGUGCUUGAAGCCCACCUUGGUGGUGGUCGUGGCAGCCUCCUCCCCCAGUCUUCCUGGAGUCUUGGCGGCGGCAGCCCCAUGGCUUGGCCAUAGAAGAAAUGUUUAAGAAGGACAAACAAAAGAAUAAGGACAAGGGGCUGGACAUGAACAGUGUUCAAGCAGGAGCUCCUGAAGAGUCGGACAUGACACUCAACAACGGAGGAAAAGCAAAUGAAAGGGGCAGCAACGAAAAUCCAUUACAGGCUUUAUCCAAAAAUGAGGCUUUUCUGGUCCCAGAGUUCUUGGAUACAGCCCAGUCCAAAGAGAAGGCCAUUGCUUCCAAGGUCAGCAAUACACUUCAUAUGUCCACAGAAGAGUCUGAGUUCCCGCAGCAAGUUAGUAGCACCCCCAUGUUUUCAGAGAAUACCGUCCAUCCCAGACAUGAAGUUAGCCCCAAGCCUUCAUCAAAAAACACUCAGCUGAAACAGGAAAAUAUUUCUAAAUCCUCGGGCUACUCCAAGCAGACCAACUAUAGCAACACUCCCAAGUCCUUGGCAAAAACCACCCAUCCCAAACAGGGGAGCACCCUCAAGCCUGCAACGAACAGCACCCAUUACAGGGAGGAUGACAUUCCCAAGUCCUCAGAAGACAUCAUCCAACCCAAGAAAGGGGACAGGCCCAAGUCCUCAGAAGACAUCAUCCAAUCCAAGAAAGAGGACAGGCCCAAGUCCUCAGAAGACAUCAUCCAAUCCAAGAAAGAGGACAGGCCCAAGUCCUCAGAAGACAUCAUCCAAUCCAAGAAAGAGGACAGGCCCAAGUCCUCAGAAGACAUCAUCCAAUCCAAGAAAGAGGACAGGCCCAAGUCCUCAGAAGACAUCAUCCAACCCAAGAAAGAGGACAGGCCCAAGUCCUCAGAAGACAGCGUCCCAUCCAAGAAAGGGGACAGGCCCAAGUCCUCAGAAGACAGCGUCCAACCCAAGAAAGAGGACAGGCCCAAGUCCUCAGAAGACAGCGUCCAAUCCAAGGAAGGUGAAGUCCACAAGCCCUUAAAAGACAGCAUUCAGUCCAAGGAGACUAAAGUCCCUAAGUCCCCACAGGACUCAAUCCAGUCCAAAGAGGAUAAAACCCACAGGCCCUUAAAGGACAGCGUUCAGUCAAAGGAGAGUGAAGAACCUAAGUCCUCCCAUGAAUCCAUCCAGUCCAAGGAGGAUAAAAUCCAUAAGCCUUUAAAAGAUAGCAUCCCAUCUAAGGAGGGAGAUAUUCCCAAGUCCCCAGAAGAUACCAUCCAGUCCCAGGAAGAAAUCACCGCGUCCGAAGAAGACACCAUCCAGUCCCAGGAAGGUAACACUAUCAAGUCUUCAGAAGAAGAUGUGCAGCUCUCAGAGAGCAAACUCUUAGGCCUUGGAGCAGAAAUAGAGACCCUGGAGGAAGGCUUGGUGAGAGUGAUCAAAGACAAGGAGGAAUUUGAGGAGGUGCUCAAAGACGCUGGAGAGAAGCUGGUGGCUGUGGAUUUCUCAGCCGCUUGGUGUGGCCCCUGCAGAAUGAUGAAGCCACUCUUCCAUUCCCUGUCUUUGAAGCACGAGGAUGUGAUAUUCUUGGAGGUGGACACUGAGGAUUGUGAGCAGCUGGUGCAAGACUGUGAGAUCUUUCACCUCCCGACUUUCCAGUUUUAUAAAAACGAAGAAAAGGUGGGUGAAUUUUCUGGUGCCCUUGUGGGAAAACUCGAAAGAAGCAUUUCAGAAUUAAAGUAAUCAUAUGUUCUGAGAACACUG